UAAAGGAAGAGUCACGUCCUACCGCUCCUUUAGCUUUCCAGGCCACACUCAAGAUGGCGGCCAGACACAGCUAGGACGCACGCUAACGCCCCGCCCACUCCCUCUCUGAUUCGCAGUCGCCGCCAGCAAUCUGCAACACCACCCAAUCAGCCUUUUUGUUUGGCUGGUCCCCGAAAACGUGCGGCCUAGCAGUGCUACGGCGUAGAGAGGAGCCCGGCGCCGCUGGCUGGGGGGUCCCGGCCGGGUGCGGGUUGGCCAGCAUGAGCCGGCUGGGCCCUUUCCUGGUUGCGCCGCGCCUGCUCCGCCGGCCCUGGGUCCUGCCGAGGCGGCCUAGCGGCGUCUCCAUAGUGACGGGACCCUGCGCGGGCCUAGCGGGGUCAGGCGCCGCCGCCUCCCUGUGCUCGGGCCCAGCGGCUCCGAGCCUGGCCAUGGAGGAGCUGCUGAGCCGCUCCGUGCCCCCGCUGCCCCCCUACGAGACGAGGGAGAAGGCGCCGCCGCCGGCCGAGCUCCGCAGCGCGGAGUUCAUGCGCUCCUACAGGGCCCUGGAGGCCGGGCCCCCGCGGGCGGAGCUGCUGGCCCGCCUGGCCCGGGACUUCGGCGUGGACCACGGACGGGUGGCCGAGUUCAGCGCCAAGGUGCUGCAGGCUCGGGAGCAGCAGAGGGAGCCGGGCGCCCUGCUCCAGGCCGAGGACCGGCUCCGUUACUACCUCAGCCCCCGCUACCGGGGCCUCUUCCAGCACCUGGGCCGGCUGGAGGGCGGGCUCCGCUUCCUGAUGGAGCUCAGGGGCGACCUGGUGGAGGCGCUGGCGGCGCGGCAUGCGGAGGGCCCGCACGUCAGGGAAAUGAAUGGCACGCUAAAGAGCAUGCUUUCAGAAUCGUUUUCUACCGGAUUCCUAAACCUGGAACGAGUCACCUGGCAGUCACCUUGUGAAGUGCUUCAAAAGAUUAGUGAUUCUGAAGCAGUGCAUCCUGUCAGAAACUGGAUUGAUAUGAAGCGUCGAGUUGGGUCAUAUAGAAGGUGCUACUUUUUUGCCCACUGUGCAAUCCCCAGAGAACCAUUGAUAGUCUUGCAUGUAGCACUAACCAAUGAAAUCUCCAGCAGCAUCCAGGCCAUAGUGAAAGAGGUUCCCCCUCUAGAAACAGAAGAUAUGAACAAAAUUACUACAGCCAUUUUCUAUUCAAUCAGUUUGACGCAGCAGGGACUUCAGGGUGUAGAACUGGGGACUCACCUCAUCAAACGAGUUGUUAAAGAAUUACAGGGGGAAUUUCCUCAGAUCAAAGUGUUUUCUAGUCUGUCACCUAUCCCAGGAUUCACCAAGUGGCUCGUUGGACUUCUGUCCUCACAAACAAAGGAACAGGGGAGAAAUGAACUAUUUACAGAUGCAGAAUGCAAAGAAAUCUCUGAGAUCACAGGUGACCCUGCUGCUGAAAAGCUAAAGAGGCUCUUAACUAACAACGAAUGGGUGAGAUCAGAAAAAUUGGUCAAAGCAUUGCAUUCACCAUUUAUGAGGCUCUGUGCUUGGUACCUGUAUGGAGAGAAACACCGUGGAUAUGCCCUUAAUCCAGUAGCAAACUUUCAUCUUCAGAAUGGUGCUGUGCUGUGGCGGAUAAACUGGAUGGCAGACACAAGCCCCCGUGGGAUCACUGCUUCAUGUGGCAUGAUGGUAAACUAUCGGUAUUUCUUAGAGGACACAGCCAGUAUCAGUGCAGGAUACCUUGGGACAAAGCACAUCAAAGCCUCAGAACAGGUUCUUUCCUUGGUGUCUCAAUUUCAACAAAAUAGCAAACUUUAAAUAUACAGCAAGAUUUUAAGAGCAAACAUUUCUCAUUUGAAUGAAGGGGUAUGAUAUUUUGGGGUGUCCUUAUUGAAAAGGGAAUGUUUGUAAUAAAAAAGUGAGCUCUGUUGUUAGUCACAGCAGGAUGAAAAAUUACAUAGUCUGCCAAAAUUACUUUAACUUUCUUUACUUGCAUUGCCAGAUAUUCAAAGCCUGGUUGAAUUAUUGCCAUACUUUAUGUUCAGAUGAGCUGGAAGUGUGUAUUAAAGGCUGUGUAAACUCAUCUCAGUAAGGUUACAAGCCAGUGGUAACUUGUGUGGACUGUUCUCUGCCCCUGUUGUCGUUCUCAGGAUCAGUAUAGUUGUUUUAAGGUACAUCUUUAAAAGCACAGAGGAACUCCUCAGUAUGCUAAUAUAUUAAAUGGAUUAAUAUCCAAAUAACUAGAUAAAAGCAAUGGGCGAAGACAACUUUUUGUUCAAAUUUGUAUAAGCAGAAGAGCAAUCUGCAGCAUUUCUUCACUAAGGUCGUCUUCAUCUUUAUUCCUGACAUUUUUUUGGUAAAACCUCUUGAUUUGGCCAUUCUUUUGCUCUUUCAAAGUACAGUACAAAGUGCCAACACUGAAUCAUUGCUCUGAUCGAGCAACAAGAUAUCUUGUAUUUUCGUGGCUUUUUCUCAAGGCUGUAGGUAUGUGUAACAGUGUAUCUGCAGAUUGCUAUAGCUCAAAUUUACAGUUUAAUAAGUAAAAUCAGUGGUUCUGAAUAAGACAAGAGAGUCUGUUGCUUAUAGGACUUAAUUAUGAAGCUUUUGGAUAUAUAUUAAAUCUCCAUAAAUUAUAUUGGGCAUUUUAGAAGUUGGUAAGAAGCUUUUUUAAUAGUAAACAGCCAGGUUUGGUCUGUAAAGCAAUAAAUUAAAAUAAAAUAAAUCUUGCCCUAUAAAUGUUACAUGAUAUCUCUCUCAAAAUGUACCAUAUUCAGGUUACAGUCACACUUGAUGUUAGUGUCUCCAGUGAAAUAAGAUAACUGCCUUCAAUGGAUCAGAUAUCAGCAGAUUUGGAGUGCAGAAUUCUUGACUUCUUCAAUGUAUGGUGAAAUCCUGACCAGAUUCCUGAGAGAAUUACACAAACAUUUCUAUUUCCCUAUGCAAGUAAAGGUGAAGGGAUCCCUAAGUGUCCAGAUGUACCAUUUCAUUCCAGGAGAAAGGGCAAUCAAAUGAAUUAUUUGUAUUCACUAAACAAAAAACUUCCCACCUACUGAGUGGCCUGUUUUAAAUAUCUGCUAAAGAGAUUAAAUGGCUUCAAUGGUUCCCUGGCUUCAGCUGAUGGCAGAUUUCUGAGUGUGAUGAUACAGAGAGGCUGGAUUCACUACACACUAUUCCCUUCAGAACAAAGUCAUUUUUACAUAGCAGCUGGUCUUCACAUUAGCAAUGGCAACUAGCCUAUGCCAUGCUGCUUUCAUUAUGUUUUUAAGAAUGGUUCCAAAAGCCAUCACAUCUAGUCAGCAGGUAUCUCUUAUGUCUACAAAUUAAGGCAAACCCAUGGAUUUUGAUCAGAUACCAGUUAAAAAAAAAAUGACUACCAGCUUCUUGUGGGGGAGCAAUAUUGUAUUGCCAAAAUUUUUAAGGAAAAUUAAGCAACUCUUUGCUCAAUUUGAAUUGUAGUUUUUGUGAAAAUGCCAGAGAGCAACACAGUACUUGCCAAAAUAUAGCUUUUUCACUGGCUCUGACUAACCUGAUGCGUUGCACAUGAGCCAAAAAAACACUGUAAAGUUUUUGAGAAGAAUCAGGAAAUUCUUCAGUUUGCCUCUGCAUUUCCCACUUACGGAAUUAAGUACUCAAACUUCUGGAAUCUUCUGGUGUGAGUAGUGUCCACUGGACACUGUCCGGUGUUUAGUCAGUGGUGGGAAAGCAGCUCAGCCUAAUCAAUCAGUCAGUGGCCUAGAGUAAAGGUGACUGCCAACAGGACAAGAAAACAGUUAUUUUAAUUCUAAAACUAGUGUUUCACUGAUGGGGUGAGGACUGGGGUGCUGUGUUUUUUUCUGAUAAUACCUGAGAGUAGACUGACCCCACUGUGUACCAACUCAACUAGUGAGAGUAAACGGUGGGCUUGUGUACACAUGAAGGUUAAUGUGGAAUAAGGUUGGGUGUGAAUUUAAAGUGGAUUACCUAUCCCUGCUUUACUCCAUUUAUGGAAACUUUUAUUCCAUAAUAACAGUGCCUUAUUCCAAACUAGCUUAAUCUACUUUAAACUAAUUUGGAAUAAGAUGCUCUUCUUUUGGAUUAAGAGGGUCCACACACACAGUUGAUCAGGAAGAGCUAUUCUGGAAUAACUCCCCAUGUGGACAAGCCAUUUGUGGUGUUUGGGACUGUACUUGCCUUUAUGCCCUCAGGCGAGGGAUCACAGGCAUGCAGGGAACAUGUCGUGGCCCCAAUGGACACUGCCAGCUAAAAGGUUCCAAACACGCAUAAAUGAGGCAUGUACAUACCAUGAGAGGGAUCCAUAUGGAAAAAGCAUCUGAAACCAGAGUUACUGUUCGGAGUAACCUGCUGUUCCCUAGGGUUUUCAGACCUGCUCAUCACCCAUUAAGAUCAGUGGGAGCUGCUGGGUGCUCAGCAUGUCUGAAAAACCUAGUUAUUUAUAUGGCUAAAAAAAAGCAGUUGGGGACUGAGCUCUUUUGAAAAUUUGAUCCUCCCCUCCCCCCACUGAAAUCAGUGGGAGUUGGGAGGCUUCCGCACCACACGCCAAUAGGCAUUAUAAACAGUGGCUUAAUCCUGGUGCUAUUGAAGGCCAUGACAAACCUUUCAUGGAUGCCAAAGGUGUAGGGUUGGGACUUCACAGGAUAAACGUCGUCCCUAUGGAGACCAUUAAUAUCAGGUAUGAAUGACAACACGUGUACUUCUUGAUGCAUUUUCCCAGUGCAGAGUGUACCCGGUCCUUUCCAGUCAGUCAUCGCUUCAACUUGUCCAAAAUUGCCUGUCGAUGGCUCUUGGAGUAAAUUUCAGCAUUUGCUAUAUAUAAAAUGUCAGUUUUGCCUAAAGGGAGGAUAUUAUCCAUGUUUAAAGACUCUCAAGGACUUAAGAGUUUAAAAACCUGCUAAAUGAAGUCAGCCAGACCUUGCACUGGAGUGGCACCCAUUAGUGUUGCCAUAGUGAAUAGUCAGUUGCUCCUUCUGUGUUAGUACCCCAGUUUUCUAGGGGUUCUAGCAGGACCGUUUUGAACUUUCAUCCUUCUGAAACUUGGUGUGCAAGUUCUUCUUUUUUUUUUAUUUCAAAAAAACCUAAUUUUUGGACUUAAAGCAAAAAAUGGGGGUUUAAAUAUUUUCUCUAAGGAAAAACAGCUUAAAUUUAAGAACCUGAAAUUUUUCAAGCAUGUAUUCCCAAGAGGCACUUACUCAUCUGAAGUUACACUGGCUAAGAUAAGAAUUAUGAGUGGUUAUAAAGGAUAGUGUUAGGGAAAAAGAUGAUCACUUACUGGGAUGAGGAAAAAAUCUCCCUUUCUGAGUAGGUGUGCUGUAGAAGUUUUAUGAAAGGUCCCCUUGAUUCGACAAUAGUUUGAUACCAGACUAGAUGGAUGAAUGAUCUGACCUGGUAUGACCCCCCUGCCCCAAUGCUAUGUGUAGACUGGUGCCUUUUAAAAUUAAAGACAAAACAAACAAAAACCUGUCAUUUUCUGUUUCUCUAUAACAACAUGAGGAAAAAGACCCGUUUUAAAAUAAGGAUCUGAUUUUAAAUGGGGUUUUAACCCACCCUGUGCUUUCCUAACACAUGCACCUGCAGUUGCAACUGAUAUGAUAAAAUACCGUUGCAGGUACAGGCAUUAAUAUCUAUAAUACCUGCCCACAUGGCCAAUAGUGGUAGGAAAGUGCCCUUGAAAGUACUUGCAAGCUCACGGUUGCCCGCCAGGAUCUAAAUAUCAGGCCUAAAGUUGUAGCAUAAAAUUGUGACCAGAGCAAGGAAAAGAUGAGCGAAGAGUACCUUCCCAUUUCUGUGCUUUCCCUAUUAUUUCUAGAACUCUGCAGCCUGUUUUGUCUGUAACAUCAUUAAAUAUUAUCUUUACAUGGAACCCUGAGGGGGAACAUGUGUAGAUAACUGUUGUGUGGGUGCUGAACUUUCAAUGGCUGCUGUCAAAAGAGUGCUUAGUCUGAUACCCUGACAGCCAGAUAGUCAGUCACUUAGGAAAAUCUCAUUUUUAGCGAACACAUUACUGCAGGACAUGACACUUUUGUUUUCAACAGAGAUCAGAAGCCAGGUGUAUUUAUUUUUCCCUUCUCCAAGGUUUAGAAAGUACAAUUUAAUCUGUAUACUCCUGGUUUUAAGAUGAAAUUCAGUUUUAUAUAUGAAUAAAUACAGCUGUUUGUGAAGGAAAAA